AUGUCACACCUCGGGGAGUCCCACUGCGCGCUCUGUCGCGCCCCGUUCAACGCCCUGCCGGCGCUGUCGAGGGCGUUGGAGAAUCAUCAUCUGUGGUGCGACGUCGGGGCGUUCGCGGAGCGAUUGGAGCAGAACAGAGCGGAGGAAGUGGAGCGCGGGCACAAGUCGCCGACAUUCGCGCGGUGCGACGCCGCGUCGGUCGGACGACACGCAGGAGAAGAUGCGAUGACGAUCGUGGACUUUGGUCAAGCGCUCGACGCGAUGGAGAGCGACGAGGCGAUCUCGAGUGCGAUGAAAGAAGCGGUGGAGCGAGGGAAGGAUGGCGCGCGCGGGACGCUCGGGAGGUGCGAGACGUUCGAUCCAUCGCUCGGGCGAGACGUCGCGGCGUUUCACGCGUGCGCGUGUUUGAAUCACAGCCGAGAGCCGGUCGGGGAUAUCGGGGCGUUUUGCGGGGAGAUCGCGAGCAGACCGGUGGUGUGUCAACAGUGCGGGACGCUAUACGAGCGCGCGCACGCGGACGUGUUGACCGCCCGAGCGGGCGUGGGCGGUGAGUGGUGCGUCGCGUGCGGAGCGACGAGAGAACCGACGAGGGUGAUUUUAGCGCUCAAGGAGGACGUGGAGGCGACGUACCCGAAGGCGUUCAUCGAGGCGUCUCGAAAGAGGUGCGACGAGACGCUGGCGAGAAGUUUGGUGGCGCUCGAGCGAGAGAUUGAGCGUAAGGAGGCGGAGGAGCGACGUCUCGCGGAAGAACGCGGCGUGGAGAUGAACGCAACAGCCACAGUCGCUUGCGGUGACGGUGAGGACGAGGAAUUGAGCGAGAACGAGAACGAUGAUAGCGAGUCCGCGCGUUCGACAGUGGAAAUCGGAGGCGCGACCACACUCGUGUUCAAUCACGAAACCUUCACGCACUACGGCGUCGGGUGCGACUUUUGCGGUGUCUACCCGAUCGUUGGACCUCGAUAUCAGUGCGAAGAGUGCGCGACCGAGGAGUUCAUGGGAUUCGAUCUGUGCUCAAAGUGCAUGCAAAACGUCUUCGAGCACCCCAAUCGCAAGCGCGACUACAGAUUCGCACAAAAUCACACCGACGCUCACAAGAUGGUCCUCGUCCGUCCGCGACCGACGCUAAUUCACGUCAUGAAGAGCCUUCACCCUGAGCUCUCGCACGCGCAGAUCAUGCAGUGGUUGGAGAGUCAACAGCGCGCGACGCGCGAGGCGGAAGCCGCCGAGGCGGCGGAGGCGGCUGAACGCGAAGAAGCCGCCGAAGAAGACGUCGAUCUCGCGCUCGAAGCCGACAUAGAAUCAUCCGACCUCGCUGACGACGAGAGAUCGUCUUAG